AUAUAAGGUCUUUGUUUGGGGUUGACGAUGUAAAAUUUUCUGUUAUCAAUAAUUGUCAGCGAAUGUCACUUAAUGUCGUGGUGUGAACAACAAUUGCUGAAGUUAUGAAUAUGGAAAAAGAGAAUGGCUAAAACCGAACGGUUGGAAAUUUCUUUCAAUGCGAAACUCGUGGAAGUAAAACAUUCGAGACAGAUGUGUUUACAGCGGAUUAAGAUGAACGUAGUUCUAGGUGGUUUCUAGAUUGUAAACCCGUCAAGAUCAUGACACUUCUUGGAGAUUGGAUGUAUACCUCUUGCAGUCGAAUUAAAAAGCGAGUGAAAAAACCCGAGGUAGAAAAGGUUUCGUUCAUCUUAAGAGGCCGUGGCUUUUCAUCUCGGGGUGGGUUUGAAAGCCUGUACCCCUUGCCUGAGAAGCCAGAGGAGACAUUACCCCUGUCAUACCUAGAGACAGUACAAGAGGCUAUCAACAGUUAUCGUACAUCAGAUGGCAGUGGCUGCUCAUCACCAACAACCGAUAACACUAACAGUCUAAAUAAUAGUCUGUGGGCAUCAAACACAUGGUCAACAAACACUGGCAAUUUAACUGGCAGAAGUAGUGUUUAUUCAUGGGGAAAUGAUGAUGAAUUUGACAGACAAGCGUCAGCUACAGUGCAGCGGAUGUUUGAUGAGAUUAGUCAAAUGCUGUUUGAAGGAAAGUUUUUUGAUGGGAGCCCACAGCUAUUAUCAGAGUGCCGGGAAUGGUGUACAAAGUUUCCUCAUUUAAGAAUAUGUGGUGAUCAGUGUGCAGUCCCUCAAGACCAGGGCACAAAGUACAUACCCCUUCCCCCAGAUGAUCCUAGGGUUUACAAUUACCGACCACAGACCUCCGUCCUGGAGGACAUGGAAGAGGUUAAUACCCUAGAUUCACAAGGGCUUACAGUUCAAGGAACAAAGAUAAAGCCAGCAAGAGUCGAUGUGUCAGAAUAUCAGGACUUAUCAGAUUCAGAUGAAGAAAACCCACUAGCUGAGCUUGAGGAAGAAAUAUUUGAAGAAGAAGGAGAGUUUGAAGAAUAUCUCGCUUAUGACUUCCCUGCUUUAGAUGAAGAAUUAAUGGUGCUACGAAGUAGACACAAUCGGCAUAAAAGGCACUUUAGAUUAGGAUUUCCUCCUGUUACACCAAAUGCCUGUGCACGAGAUACUUUAUUUAGCCAGAUGUUUGACUUACUCUGGGGAGAGGUAGGGUUCACGUCACCUUUUUUUUUCCGUAAAGAGACCUUGUCUAGUUAUUUGUCGCUACUUCUUUACUUAUUGAAU